UGCCCUUCACAUCAAUCUAGUCAGAAGAAAUUGGAACAGUUAGUUGUUGGACUCGGGGAAACUUGCUUUGCGCGCUUUUCGUCGGAAAACCAUUUUUUUGUGGAAUUAUAGUCACUCUGCAGUCGCACUAACUCCUUCUGACAAGAUGCUGGUCCUACUACUGGGAAUCGUCAUCCUGCACAUUGCAUCCCUAGUCCUCCUAUUUGUGUCAACAAUUGUCAAUGCCUGGACGACAGGGUCUACUAGCAGCUCAGACCUCUGGAAUAAUUGCUCUACAACCAAUGGAGGAUACCACUGUGAACCGGCCAACACUGGAGUGUGGAUCCAGGCAGUGCAGGCCCUGAUGAUCCUGUCCAUCAUCUUCAGCUUCAUCUCUCUCUUCCUGUUCUUCUGUCAGCUCUUCACCCUUCAAAAGGGAGGCCGCUUCUUCCUCACUGGAGUCUUUCAGAUCCUCGCCAGUCUGUUUGUGAUGAGUGGAGCAGUGAUCUAUACGGUGAUGAGUCCUAAGUGGGUGCCUGAUUCAGAGGCCUUUGGCUGGGCCUACAUCAUGGCUUGGGUGGCCUUCCCUCUGGCCCUGAUCAGCGGACUCAUCUAUGUCAUCUUGAGAAAACGGGAAUAAGACCCUUGUCCCCUAACCUCCACCCUGCUCUCAGCAUUAACAAUUCCCCCCCCCCCCCCCCCCAGGAGCAUAAGGUCAGAAGCUUGAGGACUGGUUUAUCUGACUGGGUCCACAGCCGUCUUCACCCAGGUCUGCAUCGUACUGAGAGGUAACACAUGAUGAAACAAUACUGUCAGAAUUUGAAGCUGUAUAUAGUAUCUAUGGUUUAAAGUCUAUUUAUAACACUUUUUACAUAUGUGUACAUAGUAUUGUUGUGUUGCUCCGUCAGAUUCAGACAAGCUUUGUUUUAGCUGAUAAAUAUGUUUGUAAUGAUGAAAUAAUUAGACACUGUGUUACUGUAAACCACCAAAAAAUGAAUACAAGUUUUUGAACAGUUUUCACCAAGUGCAUGUAUAAAAUAGAGAGCUAGAAGGAUUUUGUGUAACUGAGCUUGCUUUACAAAAGCUAAGUGGUAACAUCCAAAUAAUGGCUUAGAUGUUUUUCAACUAUUUUUAUUUAGUUUUUUAUUUUCAAAAAAGAUGGUGCUAUGUAUUUACCAUUCCUAUUACUGAUAGCCAUUUUCAUUUACAGUCAAAUGACUUGACUUAUGAAGUAACUAUAAACGUCAGGGUGAGAAGUAGACUUCAAUGUAAUGUCCAUGUGCCUAACUGCUUCUGUUUUAUAGAGAAAUUAUUUAGAUUUGUUUUAAAUAAAAGCUUUAGAAAAACAGUCAACUGUAAUAGUUCAGCUAAAAGGAGCUUUGGAGUUAGGGUGACGGAGGACUCGUUUUUUGGUUGGAAUGUCAGUAUUAGAACGUCGUGCCAUUUGAGAUCCUCUGUUUUAGACAGAGUUCAAGGAUGGAGAACGAGAGAUAAAUGACUGCAUUGACUUAGAUCUGUGUUGUUGUCUUCUCUCUCACUGUAAGGCCAUGCCAUGUUCAUCUGUUUGUAUUUAUAGCAUAUGUACAACCUGUAAACACGCUAGAUACCAACCUGCCUCUUGGACAGAGUACUGUAACAACUAGUAGGGCAUUGCAGCCAGAUCAAAAUUGAUUUAAGUUUUUAAAUCUGAUUACAUUAUAUAGAUAUUUCAAAGAAGGUCAAGCAAGCUCUGAGGCAACGUACUCCAACCUGAUCAAGGCAGAAUAGAGGACAUGAAUUCUAGUAUUAGCCUUGCCAUGUGGGAGAAAAUGUACAGAGGUCUGCAGUUGUGAUACAAAUGUUCUGUUUCACUUUUGAAGUUUGACAAGCUGCAGUUUCUGCCAUACUGAAGUACAUGACUUAUGUUUUCUUUAUCAUGUUAAUAACAUGUCUAUGACUAUCUAGUAUGUAGACUUAAUAAAACAAACCAAAUUGAAAACAGCUCCUACUUACGGGGGAUUUCUAUGCAUUUCACUAAUUUAUUUAGUGUAUCACAGCAUAACACUAACCCCAUUAGAGCUAUAGUCAAGACCAUUGAUUAAUGUUGAGCUGCAUUUAACUAUUUACAAUGUUAAUAGCUAUGUUUAAAUGGUCCAGUGUCUGCCUUGAAGAGUAUGGUAAAAAUGUACACUCUUUCAUGCAAUGUAAUGUGGGAUCUCUUGUAUUUGGUUGGUGUGUUAUUAAAGAGAAUGCAAAUUCUGAA